GGAACUAGACAGGUUUCGAAGAACUUCAGAGUUCAGACAGCGGCUAGCUUGCUCAUCCCAACUCCAAGGGUGUCACAGGGAAUCACCCACAAUGUCUAAGAAGAUAGUGAUCAAAGCUGAUCUCAUCGGCCAGAAGUGCAUGAGUGAGAUCCUGUCAACUGUUGCCAAGCUUGAGGGGAUCAAGUCCAUGGACAUCGACCAGGACAAGUGCACGCUGACGGUGGUGGGCACGGUCGACCCGGUGUGCGUGGCCCAGGAGCUCAGGAAGGCGUGCUUCGCCGCGGCCAUCGUCAGCGUGGAGGACGACAAGCCCAAGGAGAAGAAGACCCCCUGUCAGGAGGCCUGCGAGAAGACUUGCAAGGACAAGUGCGAGAAAAUGGCCUGCUGCAAGGACUGCGAGAAGGCCUGCAAGGACAAGUGCGAGAAGGCUUGUAAGGACGUGUCCUGCUGCGAUGACAAGGGGCCGUGUUGCAACAACAACAACGGGUACCCUUGCAGCACGCCGCCGGCGGGAUUCUACUCCGGUUACGGCUACGGCGUGCGCGGGCCGCCGGUGGGGUAUGGGUAUGAGUGCUACGAGGAGAGGUCGCCCGGCGGACAAUGCACCGUUCAGUAGCCGUUACACUAAAACCACGACAAGAACAGUACGUGAGAUUCCUUUUGAUUUCGACGUGCUUUUAGUUCAUGCGCUUCUUCGCCGUUUGCUUCUUGUACCCACGGUGGUGUUUCCCUUAAGAAAAGAAUUGUUUUUACCAGUGGUGUAGUAGUA